AUGUCAGACUCGGUACCCCCACCGCUCUUCCAACAAGCGUUCCAAGGCAUCCUCGCCCGCAAUGUCACCAACAAUUAUGUCUCCCUCCCCGUCCACUACCACCAACCCACAGGAACACGAUACAUCCCCAUGAGUGUCCUCCGCAACAUGUACCCGGGCAUCAUCCGCCUCCACGUCGAUGGUCAGACUCUCGAACCUCGACGUGGGCUCCCGACGGUCCAGUCCAUGUUUGAAAGUGUCUUGUCCCAGUGGGUUGAAGAGACCUCUGUGGUUUCGGAUGCGGAGGACGGAGAAAGGAGUAAUACCUCGUAUCCUGGGACUGCGAGCAAAACCACCUCGAGUUCUUUCGUUAUUGUCGCUCAUGAUGACGAGAACGCAGCGGUGGUAGGGGCGGCGGGUGUAAGCCAGGAGAACCAAGAGUCGACGGUAAACACCUUUGAUCACGAUGAUAUCAACCCGUCCUUGCUUUCGGAGCCUGCUUCUCAAGCCUUGUUUGACGGCGACACCAGCGAGAGCACCCUAGAGUGGAUCGAGUACCGACCAGACAGCAUCAUCCAAGUUGUGCACUACACCCCCGGCCCCACCGAGACGACCUCCGGAGCCGCUAGUUCUCAGCCUGGCACGGGGAUGGCCGAAGGUGAUUAUCCACUAUCGUUCUGGGCCCGAAUCCGACAAGAGAUCCAAACUGCCGUCCGCCAGGUCUAUCAAGAGCUGACUGAAGAACAGGCCAAAGCGCAUAAAGGCAACGGCAGUCUUGACGAUCCAGCUGAAAUCGUCGCCGUCUCGUCUCCCUCCCCUCCUUCGUCUUGGAUUUUGACCGGGCGCACUACCAACCUGACUCGCCCGCCUUUCGAGCAUUCCAUCAUCUCGCUGUCAUCAUCAUCGUCAUCACCAUCGAUAGGCUCUCAAGGCAGUGGCAGUCAGUCGAAAGACAUGGAGGAGGAUGUUGUCGUCGUGACCAAGCCUGCCGACUCCGACUCCAAAUCAAAGUGCAAGGCCAAAAAGCGUGACAGAGAUGACGACGUUGACUCCUCCUCCUCGACUUCAUCAAGCUCAGAGAAGAAACUCAGGCCAAGCACAACGUUACCAAGAUCAGUUUCGUCGUCUGUGAAUGACGAUGAUGAUGAAGACGAAGGCUCGGUCUCGCAGAAAUCAUCUCCUUCCAAGACUCCUUCCCACCCUGACUCGAGUGGGGCAGGAUCUAGCUCAAGACUUGGAUCUGAACCAAGCUCUGGGUCGAGGUCUGGAUCGUGUUAUGAGCCCGGGUCUGGCUCAAGCUCAAGCUCUGGGUCACCACGUUCUGGCAUGACGUCGUCUGGAUCGAGUUCAGGUUCGAGGUCGUCUGAGCCAGCCGAGUCCCAUGGUUAUAGAUUUGCAUCGCCAGCAGGUUCAAGCUCUGGAAUAAUUUUAUGCUCAGGCCCGGGAUCGUUCGGAUUAGAUGUGUCCAAUGGAUCCAAUCCUGGUUUACCAUCCGGUUCAGGCUCGAGUCCAGUACCCGGGUCGCCACCAGAGUCGUAUGCCAUUGCAGAGUCCGCGGCUGUUACCCCGGAGCCAAGAAAUCCAUCAGCGUCGUUGGAGAUGCUUGUCCCGCCACCAGUCAGGGGAAAGCGCGCACUCGCCAGGGACUCACAGAGUGAUGAGCUCAACCAGGCGGAUACGAUGAUGUUUACAGUGGACGAAGAGAGGGAUCAACCCGGGCACGAGAUCAUCAGCGUUCACAGUAGCGAGAGCGGCGAUAUCGAGGACGACGACACUCAACCCCUUCGGUUCACCCCCAGCCAGAUUCGAGAUUUCGUUGCCAGAAGAAAGGGCCUUCUGGUGGGAGAGUCUCAAGCGGUGACUAUCUGUCUGAAGACCAGCAAGGAAGCGCGUCAGUUCUACAGGUUCCUCAGGUCACAGGAUUACUUUGGGAAGUGGCUAAACAUCAAGCUGACUUGGGCGUGGGACCGUGAGCAGCUGGGGAGCCUUGUCGACGCUCUUAUUGUAUCGCCGAUCGAAGUUCUCUUCUUGGACGGAUGUGUUGCAUGCGCCGCUCCUACCUCUGUCGCCUCCACAGCCCCCGAGGCCAAUACUAGCGUCAGCUCACUCAGAGUUGCUUCUACCUCACAAGAAGGAGACAGCAGGUCAGUGGACAGCAAAUUCAGGACCCGCCGUUACGAUCCGCUGGUCCGACUCUUCAGGCACAAUCAGUUCAAGGAGUUACACUUUUAUGACCUUCCGGAUCUGUUCUACCACUCCAUUGCCCCGAUCCCUUGGGAUCUCUCUCACCUGACGUCCUUCCGUCUCCACGCUGAAAUCAGCGACUGGGAAAGCAUCCAGGCGAACCGAUUCCUUCAGUUUGUCAAACGCGCCACCAAUCUUGAACAUCUCUAUAUCGGUUGCCCGACCGAGCAGUACAAUAUGUACGUCGACGAGAUCACACGCGCAACGGACCGGUCCGAACGUAGCAAGAACUCGCCCCCACUCGACAUUCAUUUCCAGCACCACCAUCAUCGACACACGCUCCUUCGUGUCAGGUACGACCCGUUGGAUCGGGAGUUCAAGGCGUUCGAGGUCGAUCUGAUAGGAACCUCGCACCAGUUCCAUAUCCAAUGGAAGCCAGUCUUGGGUCAGCUCGUCGAUGGGACACUCGUCUCAUUGUCUUUGGACAACAUGCCCGACGAGACUUGGAUGUACACGGUGAUGGAGUGGGUCUACAGCGUAGCGAACGACCGCGGCGUUGGACUCGAAAACUUGCAGCUGGAUUGUAUGCAUUUCGGUCCUAUACAGUUCCAGAACCUCGUCGAGUUGCUUGAGUUAGCUCAGCCACGGCUUCAAACCCUCGACCUCCGCAACGUCUACAUCUCUUUCGCCAGCAACACCUCUUCGCCCUCCGAAACCUCGGCGACGAUGCUAAACCGUGACCAGGACUUUGAAAUUACUCAAAACGACGUGGACGCCUCGGUACCGAUAAUCGACUGGCCUACUCUUGUCAAAGCCCUGAACAUCUCUGUCCUGCAGGCUCUCCGAAUCAGGACAUGCAACCUGCAGGAUCGGGAUAUUGAUGGAGUGGUCGAGUGUUUGAAGGGAAUGGUUCGCAACAGCAAGAAGCUGGCUCUGGAAAAGGUGUUGCUCAAGGGCGCCCAGUUGUCUGCCACGGGUGAACGGACUUUGGUCGGGGAGAUCCAGGCGAUCUUACCAGGCGUCGAUGUGAAGUUUAGAUAG